AUGUGCACGCGCGUGCCGAUUACAUACAUGCGAAUGCGUCGACCUGCGACGGGAGAGAUCGUGCCAGACGGCUACCGAAAGUUGGGUUUGGCGCUUUUUUGCUGCGCGGGCGCCGCGGCCGGUAGAAACGCGAGCGCCGCAAACACCGAGGUCGAUGAGCCCCGAGCACUCCGCCGCGCCCCCCGCCAACCCUCUCGACCAGUUCCAACACGAGGUGAAGCGCCCGCAGCCGCUCACCCUACAUACCUACCACCUGCCAGACACUUUGUGAGUAUAACAUGUGAAACCUACUUGCCACGCCAGCAGGAAACAAGGCUGGACAAAGAA